UAUUUCGGUGCCGCCGGGGUCACUUUGGGUUACUGUUGUGUUUGUUUCGUGCAGGAAAAACCUCUUAAAUUUUGCUCCGUUGCGGUUUAAAGGCGAAUAAAAAUGUCGACUGCGAUGAAUUUCGGGACGAAGAGUUUUAAACCUCGACCUCCGGACAAAGGAGCUUUUCCUUUGGACCAUUUAGGAGAAUGCAAAGCAUUCAAAGAGAAAUUCAUGAAAUGCCUGAAUCACAGCAGGUUUGACAACUCAAAGUGCCGCGUAGAGGCUAAAGACUACCUGGAAUGCCGGAUGGGCCAUGAACUGAUGGCCAAGGAACCUUUGGAGAAGCUGGGCUUCAAAGAUCUACUGGAUCCUCCUCAGAGCUGAGCAGAGACUUUAAAGCCCCGAGCCGCUGUUACCAAAA